ACGAGCAUUUAUUUUAUGACUGCGUUUAGAAACGAUAAGAUUUACUUAUAUUGCGCGUGUCGCCUAUAAAAAGAGGCGAUUUGAGCGCUACAAAUCAUAGUCUUUGCCCAAAUCCCAAGCAACAUGGAUUUCGAUGCAAUUUGCGAAAAGUCCAAGGCCUUCAGCAGCAAGCCGCCAAACGAUGUCUAUCUGGAAUUCUAUGGCCUCUACAAGCAGGUGCAUGCCGGCGAUGUGAAUAUCGAGAGGCCCGCCGAUGCGGAGGGCGCCGCCAAAUACGAUGCCUGGCUGAGCCGCAAGGGCAUGUCCACGGAUGCGGCUAAGGCAGCCUAUAUUGCUCUCUAUGAGAAAUACGCGCCCAUCUACACUUAAGUUGAGUUGCUAAUACCCUGUAAUAAAAAUAAAAGUGGCCCAACUAAAAAAGCCGUUGCUUAGUCAGCACCCGAAAAAAUUGAUUAACUAAA